AUGUUGAGAUCUAGAGUGCUACAAGUUUCCCGUCGUGCAUACGCUACAAAUGGUAAACAGCUAACAAUUGGUUUAAUUCCUGGUGAUGGUAUUGGGAAGGAGGUGAUUCCAGCUGGUAAGAAAGUACUAGAGUCUUUGAAUGCUAGACACGGGUUGUCUUUUAAGUUCAUAGAUUUGCAGGCAGGUUGGGAGACCUUCCAGAACACUGGUAAGGCACUACCUGACGAAACCGUUGAAGUUUUGCAGAAGCAAUGCCAGGGUGCAUUGUUUGGUGCUGUGCAGUCACCAACUACCAAGGUUGAAGGUUACUCUUCCCCAAUUGUUGCUCUUAGAAAGAGUUUGGGUCUCUAUGCUAACGUCCGUCCAGUGAAGGCAGUUGAAGGUACUAAAGAUAGACCUGUAGACAUGGUUAUCGUGAGAGAAAACACUGAAGACUUGUAUAUCAAGUUGGAAAAAUCUUACAUUGACGAGGCUACUGGUACAAGAGUUGCUGAUGCAACCAAGAGGAUCACAGAAGUCGCUACCAAGAAGAUUGCUACGAUAGCUCUUGAGAUUGCUCAACAAAGAUUAGAACAAAGAGGACAUGCUACUUUGACAGUUACGCAUAAGUCCAACGUUUUGUCACAAUCUGACGGUCUUUUCAGAGAAGUGUGCAGAGAAACCUACGAAGCCAACAAAGACAAGUUUGGUAAGGUUGCUUACAACGAACAAAUUGUCGAUUCUAUGGUGUACAGAUUGUUCAGAGAGCCUGAAUGCUUCGACGUUAUCGUUGCUCCAAACUUAUAUGGUGAUAUUCUAUCGGAUGGUGCAGCUGCUCUAGUCGGUUCUCUAGGUGUCGUGCCAUCUGCCAACGUUGGUCCUAACAUCGUUAUUGGUGAACCAUGUCAUGGUUCAGCUCCAGACAUUGCAGGUAAGGGUAUCUCCAACCCAAUUGCUACUAUCAGAUCUACAGCUUUGAUGCUAGAGUUUUUGGGCUACCCUGAUGCCGCUAAGGACAUUCACAAGGCUGUCGAUGCUAACAUUAGAGAAGGUAAGUAUUUGACCCCUGAUUUAGGUGGUAACUCUACCACGCAAGAGGUCUUGGAAGAUGUCUUGUCUAAGCUAGAUUAA